AUGCUCUUCUCGCCCCAGCUUCUGUCCGUCCUCUUACUGUCUCUUGCAUCAUACACGAACGGGCUUUAUCUGCUCCGGAAAAGAGCAACGAUCUGCAAUGGUCGUGCAGAGCUUUGCAAUAGACCGUAUGGAAACACGACUUUCAUGACUGCCCACAAUUCCUUCGCCCAUAGCCCCCUGGUGCUUGCUCUUGCCAGGAACCAAGCUGUUGACAUCCCGACUCAGUUGAGUCUUGGUGCUCGGACUUUGCAAGGACAAGCACAUAUCGAGAACGGGCAACUUCAGUUCUGCCAUACAUCAUGCGCUCUCUUCGAUGGGGGCUUGGUCGUGGAUUACCUCAGGAAAGUCAAGACCUUUCUAGAUGCCAACCCUUACGAGGUCUUCACCUUCAUCUUCACGAAUCCCGACAGUGCAUCUGUUCAGAACGUUUGGAAGCCUGCCUUCGACGCUGCUGGUAUCACCCCUCUUGCCUACGUCCCUCCCUCUCGCCGCAUGAGGAGAUCCGACUGGCCCACCUUGGGCCAACUCAUCGACGCCAACAAGCGGGUUAUCGUCUUCCUCGAUGGCGGUGCUGCCAUUUCGGGCCAGACGGUCGAUUUUAUCCUUCCUCAGUUCGAAAUGAUCUGGGAGGACCCCUUCUCGCCGACCAAUUCUAACUUCCCUUGUUCCAUCGACCGUACCAGUGGUCCUCUUUCCAACGACGAUCAUAUGCACCUAAUUAACCACAAUUUGAACGCGGUCAUUUUCGGCUCGGUGCUGAUCGCUGACUUUGCCAAUGCCCAAAGGACGAACAGUUUGGAUUCCAUUCUGGCUCAUGCAAACGGCUGUGCACCUCUUUCCCAAGGACGUGCCCCCAACUUCGUUUUGUUGGACUUCAUUGAUGUUGGUGCAACUAAGCAAGCAGUGGAUCGGUUGAACGGGUUCUGA